CUCGACACAAGCCCCUCAACGGACAUCGGCCGGUCUCCGACGAAGCACGCUCCUAGGACUUGCCAUCUAUCUUGCGGCCCGUCUCCUACGUGCGUCUGACGAUCCUCUUGUCGGUUUAGCUUGAACGACACAAAGCAGCGUUGUACGCACAAACAUGGCCUUUAUCAAGCUAGACUAUACCGUCUCCCAAUCCAAGCCCUCUUCCGUGCCCAACCCGCCAGGUUAUUUGGCCCCUUUCACAGCCAAACAAUCAGCCUCCGCUUCUUCCAAGCAUUUCCAAGCAAAUGAGGAGGCGCUCGCAAAGCAAGCUCGAAAAUCCACAGAAUUAAAAAUGAAGAGGGCAUGGGACCUGGCCUUAUCGCCUGCUAAAUCUCUCCCAAUGCAGGCCAUAAUGCUUUACUUUUCAGGCUCGGGAAUUCAGAUAUUCUCUCUCGGGAUGAUUUUCAUGCUCUUAACCCAACCUAUUUCCGCCGUAUUGAAUAUCUUCCAAGCAUUUGAACCUUUCAGACCGACACCUUCGUCUACGUCUCGAAAGGGGAUCAAGGCCGCUGCGGAAGAAUCAACAUACGCACCCUUAAUAGGACCUAUGGUAUUAUAUGUGGCUUGUCAAGGGCUAAUCCUGGCGCUAGGACUAUACAAGUGCUCGUCCAUGGGCAUCCUGCCGACGGGCUCAGGCGAUUGGCUGCAUUUUGAAACACGAUCAGAUCCUCCCGAAUGGUCUGCUGUCAGGUCGCAAUUGCUUGGCUGAAGUCUAUAUUACAGUCAGAUUCGCUCAUCAUGCACGACUUUUUUUGCUACAUACUCCAUGACACGCUCAUAGAAAAGCAUGACGACGGCCCCACCAGCUUCGUGAAGUGCCUCUUCGCCGACCUCUUCUACAUCUGCAUCGCUAAUCCGCAGCCAUCCUCUGCCUGGUACUUUCGUAUUUUCGAGAUCCCUCACCUGCCCAAAGUAAACACAAUCCUGGCAUUUACACCCAUCAGGACAAUUUUUUGC